UAAACCGUAAAACGGACUUCUCGUAGGUUACGUCUUUGCUAGCAAAGACGAUCCAAAAAUAAUUUUAUUAAUAAAUAACCUUUUAUAAAAGGUUUUACACACCUCCAGGAUGUCGCUUCUUACUAGAAAUGUUUUCCGUGCUCUGGCGCAGGGUUCUCAGCAUGUGAGCAAAGGAGUUCAUACAACUGGUGUGGUAAACAAGGACAAAAACGUAUGUUUUGCUCCGCACGGUAUCAGCACCCUGCAAUCGAACUCGACGGAGGGCCGCAUCAAGUGCACGCUGAUCCCCGGAGAUGGAGUCGGCCCCGAGCUAGUAUACUCCGUACAGGAAGUCUUUAAGGCGGCAAACAUUCCCGUGGACUUCGAGUCGUUCUUCUUCUCAGAGGUGAACCCCACGCUGAGCGCACCUCUAGAGGAUGUGGUCAACUCUAUUGCUAGGAACAAGAUCUGUAUCAAGGGUAUCCUAGCUACCCCAGACUUCUCGCACACGGGCGAGCUACAAACACUGAACAUGAAGCUUCGUAACGCGCUCGACUUGUACGCGAACGUGGUUCACGUGAAGUCGCUGCCGAACGUCAAGUGCCGCCAUCACGACGUGGACUGUAUCAUCAUACGAGAGCAGACCGAGGGCGAGUACUCCGCGCUUGAACACGAGGGUGUGCCUGGUGUCGUGGAGUGUUUGAAGAUCAUCACAGCGGCGAAGUCCGAGCGUAUCGCUAAGUUCGCGUUCGACUACGCCGUUAAGAUGGGCCGCAAGAAGGUGACCGCCGUACACAAGGCCAACAUCAUGAAGCUUGGCGAUGGACUGUUCUUACGUAGUUGUGAAGAGAUGGCGAAACUGUACCCCCGCAUCCAAUUCGAGAAGAUGAUCGUGGACAACUGCACGAUGCAGAUGGUGUCGAACCCGAACCAGUUCGACGUGAUGGUGACCCCCAACCUGUACGGCAACAUCGUGGACAACCUCGCCAGCGGCCUGGUGGGUGGCGCCGGUGUGGUUGCCGGAGCCUCGUAUAGCGCCGAGUGCGCUGUGUUCGAACAGGGCGCCCGCCACAUCUUCUCUGGCGCGGUGGGUAAGAACAUCGCCAACCCCACGGCCAUGCUGCUCUGCUCCGCCAACCUGCUGGCACACGUCAACCUGCACCCGUACUCCCGCCAGAUCAAGAACGCCAUCAACAAAGUUCUGACGGACGGCAAAGUAAGGACAAAGGACCUCGGAGGCCAGUCUACCACAAAAGACUUCACCAACGCAGUCAUCCACUGCCUCGCCUAAACGACUAGUUUAACUAGUCAAUAGUUUCCCAUUGACUAGUUGCAUAGUCAAGUUUCCCAAUGACUAGUUACCUAGUGACAUCCUGUAACAUCAAACUAAACAUACCUAAGCGUAAAUUAUUUCUACUUAAUUAUAUUUAUUGUAACAUCGAUCUGUGAAUCAUAGUGAAAUUAAAUAUACAAUUCAGUAUUUAUUUUUAAGUAUUUAUGUAGAUAAAAUCUGUUGGAAAUGUAAAUACGAAAAAUAAAAAGAGAAAAUCAA